GCCACUUCAGCGUGUGGAGGUCGUUGGAGUCACUCGUCGGCGCCCGCCCGCCCGCCCGCUCGCCCGCCGCCCGCGCCGCGCGCCGCAGCCAUGCUCUCCGCCCUCGCCCGGCCCGCCGGCGCCGCCCUGCGCCGCCGCCUCAGCACCUCGGCCCAGAGCAAUGCCAAGGUGGCCGUGCUCGGGGCCUCCGGCGGAAUCGGGCAGCCCCUCUCCCUGCUCCUGAAGAACAGUCCGCUGGUGACCCGCCUGACGCUCUAUGACAUCGCACACACGCCCGGGGUGGGCGCCGACCUCAGCCACAUUGAGACCAGAGCCAACGUGAAAGGCUACCUGGGACCCGAGCAGCUGCCAGACUGCCUGAAGGGCUGCGAAGUGGUGGUCAUCCCGGCCGGGGUCCCCCGGAAACCAGGCAUGACCCGGGACGACCUCUUCAACACCAACGCCACCAUCGUGGCCACCCUGGCCUCGGCCUGCGCCCAGCAUUGCCCUGAGGCCAUGAUCUGCGUCAUCGCCAACCCGGUCAACUCCACCAUCCCCAUCACGUCGGAAGUUUUCAAGAAACAUGGCGUCUACAACCCCAACAAGAUCUUCGGGGUGACCACCCUGGACAUUGUCAGGGCCAACACUUUCAUUGCUGAGCUGAAGAAUUUGGAUCCAGCUAAAGUCAACGUCCCAGUCAUUGGCGGCCACGCCGGGAAGACCAUCAUCCCUCUCAUCUCUCAGUGCACCCCCAAGGUGGACUUCCCCCAGGACCAGCUGACCGCCCUCACGGGGCGCAUCCAGGAGGCCGGCACGGAGGUGGUGAAGGCUAAGGCUGGGGCCGGCUCUGCCACCCUGUCCAUGGCGUACGCGGGCGCCCGCUUCGUCUUCUCCCUCGUGGACGCGAUGAAUGGCAAGUCAGGCGUGGUGGAGUGCUCCUACGUGAAGUCCCAGGAGACCGACUGCACCUACUUCUCCACCCCGCUGCUGCUGGGGAAAAAGGGCUUGGAGAAGAACCUGGGCAUUGGCAAGGUGACCCCGUUCGAGGAGAAGAUGAUCGCCGAGGCCAUCCCCGAGCUGAAAGCGUCCAUCAAGAAAGGCGAGGACUUCGUGAAGAGCAUGAAGUGAGCGGCGCCGGCCGCCUGGGCUCCCUAACUUAUUCACACAUCAUGGCCGUCCACCCUCUCCGGCCCUGCGGGGCCGCGCCCCACCCCCACCCCGCCAUCACUGGCCGGUUCCCGGCGUGUCAAUAAAAUCCGUUUUUUGA